UUUCCACGGGAAAGAGGCAAGAGGUAUGCAGCAGAAGUGACAAGUAAACACGGGAGCCGUGAAUUUAGUAUUAAAAUUUGAUCGCACCGAGUCACGAACGAGCGACGGACAUUCGAUUGGGACCUGCGAAGGCACGUGACUAUUUUCAUGAGACUUCAUUGAGCACAUAUCGGGAGAGACGCCAACACAACACACACAGGGUGCCUGCGAGCGAGGGGAUGUUUUGACACCAGCCGUACAGCACCACCACUCGCGCUCUCAUAUCAUCUACACGGAGAUAUAAUUUGGCCGCUUUUGCCGCAAUAGCGCUAGCUCGCCGACAACUAUUUUGUCUUCCUCUCCGCCGCUCGUGAGUUUCACUCUUUUUUCAACCUGGAGACCCUCGAUACCCAAGUGGACCUUAAAAUCGACGACAUGGAGCAAGUGGACGCCAGCAGUAAAAACGAUGUACGAGCCGAGACUGUUGUAAAUCUGCCCCAGCAGGCCCGGCCCAGUGUUAGCGCCGCCGUUGUUGCCACAAAUCACCUUUAUAGCUGCUGGAAUCGUCUUAGAAAGAGCCUAAAUCUAACACCCGAGCCAGAGGGGAUGGGCGUGAUAGAGGUGAUCGCCACCCUGGCCUCCAUCGUCCUGCUCGUCUUCACCCUGCCCUUCUCCCUAUGCUUCGCAUUCAAAGUGGUGCAGGAGUACGAGAGGGCGGUGAUCUUCCGGCUGGGUCGCCUGCGCACAGGGGGCGCCCGCGGACCCGGUAUCUUCUUCGUGCUGCCCUGCGUGGACACUUACUGCAAGGUGGACCUGCGAACCGUGUCGUUCGACGUCGCCCCGCAAGAAGUGCUGACCAAGGACAGCGUGACCGUGACCGUCGACGCCGUCAUCUACUACCGCGUGCAGGAGCCGCUGAACGCCGUCGUCAAGGUCAACAACUACAGCCACUCGACCCGCCUGUUGGCCGCCACCACCCUGCGCAACGUGCUCGGCACCCGCAACCUUUCUGAAAUCUUGUCAGACCGAGAGGCCAUCGCGCACAUGAUGCAGACCGCCCUCGACGACGCCACAGACCCCUGGGGUGUCAAAGUCGAGCGAGUUGAGAUUAAGGAUGUGCGCCUCCCCGUUCAACUGCAACGUGCCAUGGCCGCCGAAGCCGAGGCUGCCCGAGAGGCCAGAGCCAAGGUGAUCGCGGCCGAGGGAGAAAUGAAGGCCUCUCGCGCCCUGAAGGAGGCCUCCGACGUGAUGGCCGAGAGCCCUGCUGCCCUGCAGCUCCGCUACCUGCAGACCCUCAACUCGAUAUCGGCAGAGAAGAACUCGACAAUCAUCUUCCCUCUGCCGCUCGACAUCCUCACCCCAUUCUUGAGGCCCACCCAAUCACGACACUUUCAGUCGGGCUACCCUGCUUCAGAACCCCUCUCACCGUUACCACAAUAGGAAUGGGCUGCUGCAAUCUCCUCCUUAAAUAAGCGGUUGGUCAGUGAAAUGAACUGAGGGCGGCCUUAUGCUCUAGAUUUAGGUGUGAAAGCGAGUUUUUCACUGAAGGUCUCUUGUGAGUUCAGUGUCUAAUUUUGUCCAAAGAGUUUUUGCUCAUUCUCCAAUCUAGGUAGCUUUUUUAAUUUCUCUACAUUAUUUUUGACUCCGUUUUAUUUUUGGAUUUUUAUUUUGGAUCAAAAGAACUCUUCUAGUUAUUGAUGAGACUUUCUGUGAAGACCUCGCUUGUUUGGUCGGCAUUGCACAAAGGUUAAAUUUCUGAACAACCAUUUAUUGAUGGAGUUGGUUGCACUACUUUGAGAAACAAACUGCCCACAAGCCACCAACUACUAAAAACACAACUUUUCGCCAAAGCACUAGAGCAGGCGAACUUCUAGCCAAGCGACAAAAACAAAUUUAAAACACGUCUGAUCGAAUUUCAAUACUCACACAAGAUUUCAACAGCUUUAAAGAUUUGAAAAUUGAGACCACUAAAGAGAAUUAAUUGCUUGGUACGAUUAGUCGGAUGCUUUUUGUAAAAAAAUCGUUGUUUUGAUAAGAAAAAAGUAAUAUGUGCAUUAAUGAAAAAAAAAGUAACAGCAGAUUUAUUGAGAAAAGUUAGAUCAGUUUGUUAUUGCAUACAGAAAUAAGAAAAGAGAACAGAAUGUUGAAUAGUUUAGAGCAAUGUUAGUAAGAGACAGAAAACCUAAAGUGUCGAAAAAAUUAUGUAAUCAAUAAGGUACGUCCAGACGGGAGUUUUAUUCUUGACUUGAUUGUAAAAAUGACACAGAAUUUGUUUUCAAAUAUGUAUGUAGCCUUUUAGGAAUGAGGUGCUGCUGAAGGUAUUCUAUGUUUUAACUGAAAACAUCUGCUGCCAAUUUUAUUUCUUUGUUUACUCAAGUACAUUGAAUGGUACUUGUACAUGAUAUAAUAAUUUUACCAUAAAUGGAAAAAACCUCACGAGCCAUCAUCCCACUUCAUUAAAGCAACAGAAAAACAGGGUUCAUUGUUCAAUAAUUUUUGAUAUUUUGUUGCACUAAUGCAAGUGUGAUUUUAACCUAGUUAUAAUUUUUACCAAGUUGAUGUUUUAAAUUUGACCAUCGAAAAUCAUGCAUAAGGUGUAUGUAUAUUUUAAACCAUGAAUUCCUAAUUGAAAAUAAUGCAUUUCACUGGUUAAUUAAUUUGUCAGUGCAAGUAGCUGUUAGUAAAGGUUGGUCGAUCACAAAAUUA